AUGGGCUUCAAAGAUUGCUUGCAGAAUCCUAAUACACUCUCAUCCAUCAACGGAGUGACAAGCCUGUUGAAUGGAGGAGCUUCGGAUCAUGAAUGUUAUGCUUGGCUGCAUCAGCUCUUGAUCAAAAUAUUCGGAUUUGCAAAUAAUACGGGAGGUUGGCUUGUUGAUGCCGAAACUGACGAGAUGAUUUAUGAUGCUGUGAUUAAGUUAUUGGAUCCACACGGACCUCUUUUUAAAGUUCUUCUCGGAAAUAAUCAAAACAUGUAUCAAUUUCCAAUGAACAGGCUUUCCUUCGGGAUGCAAUCAUUUAUUCAACAGUUAAAAAGAAAAUCAAAAGCUAGUAGUGAUGACUAUAACAUUCUUGGUGUGUAUCAACACUCACUCUCUUAUAGAUACUUUUUGAACAAAAUUAAACAAGCAUCUACUCGCGAUACUGGAUCCUUCUUUGUCCUGAAUACUUUUGAGUAUUAUUUGUUUUGCUUUUUUUACUUUUUAACCACCAACACUAGGAUUACACUAAAAACCCAAAGCAAACAGCCUUCAUUUGAGUCUGACAAUGGCUUUUUUUCUAAAUUGGCUCCAGUAAGACCUGAGGCAUCCAGACAGGUUAAACGAGAACCUGUUACCAUUUAUUUGUUAAGCAAGUACUUGAACUUCUUUUUCCCUCUCGAUGGGCACACCUCAUCCAGAGACGCCUACAUUUCCAACAUGUUUCUGUCAGUGCUCUCAGAUUAUUUGUUUAAUCAGAUUAUUCAGGAAUAUGGCCAACCUCAUUCAUUUUCAUCCGAGAUGUUGACAGACCCUGCUAGAUUUUCUUAUUUUGCAUCCGUUACUGUGAAGCAUUGUUUAAAGACAAUUUCUUCUUCAUCAGACAUUUACAAGCAAUUUGACGAGCCACACGCAGCAGUAAACUACAAAGAUGAUAACUUUGCUUCAAAAACUGCUCCCUAUUCACACAUUCAGUAUGCUGCAUAUAGAUUUCUGAAGGCACUCUUUACUGAUUUUCCAUAUGAUAAACCGUUUCCCCUCAAGUACACUAUUAGUUUAUGGAAAGGUCUCAUGAUGCCAUGGAGGUUAUUGAACAACAAUAGUCAGAACCCAUGGCCUCUUUACGUAACCUCAAAUUGGUGCUUUUAUUCCUCAUUAUUUUAUUAUUUCCUUAACUUCAGAUUCCCUUCUGAUUUUUCUAGCGCAUCCUUGUUAGAUCUAGAAAGUAUAUCCACUCUUCUUGACGUGUUCAAAGAACCCAAGUUAUUGGAGUUGCUGAAACAAAUUGAUAACAUCAUUUCCACAACUAAUGUACAAGAAGGAACCCUAUUAUCUCACAUGAACAUUUGUGAAACCGAGCUUUCUAGAGUUGCCCACCUUUUUUCUUUGGAUACGAUCGAUCUAGUGAAUCAAAAGAUAACGGAAAUACAGCUGGCCAAAUCUCAUCAAUUAAGCAGCUCUCCAAGAAUUAUGAGGUUACUCACAAAUAGAGGUAAAAGCUCUGCAGAUACAAGUGUCAGACUAACUUUAAUUACAAAAAUAGCAUCCAAGUUAUCCACCAUCUUUGAUUUGGACGCUCAGCUCAACGAUCCACUUAGAACUCCAUCAGCUUACUCUCCUCGCAGUUUAACAGGCCUUUCUCCAUUCGAGAGUCCUGACACAAUACCAGAAAAUAUUUUACAAACAACAUCAAUAUUUCAUGAAACUGACUCGCUAUCAAGCACUCAUGGCAUGAGAAAAUUAUCUCCAAUUGAUCUAGAUCAUUUCAUCAAUGGAAGAUUUAAAUGCCAAAGGAUGGAUGCAACAUUUAAAUACAACAUUCUCUAUAGACCAAUUGAAACCAAUGAAAUUUCGUGGCUCGUUGUUCCAACAAUACGAUGGUCAGAAUGGUUUUUCAACAAAUUUGGAAAGCAUCAUGAUUAG